AGUUGUGUGAUUAUAGGCCGUUCCAGGAGGCCUCAAAAAAGCCUUCAAUAUUUCGUGAUGGAGUGAGAGGAUAGAAAGUUAUGCUCUGCAUUCAAUGAGCAUGACAGACCCACGUGAAAGUCCUUUCCUGAAUUUCUUUUUAAGGGAGUAGUCAGUUUGUUUAAACAAUGAAUGGUGAAUUGCAAAUGUAAUCUGAGAGAAAAAAUAAGAGUAGCCACCGCCAUGAUGAAAGAAACAAUGAUUCAAACUGAUAACCAAGGAGAGAGCUUCUGUAGGCCCUGCACUCCAGCAGCAAGAUUUCUUAGAAGAUUUUUCAGCCAACUCAGAUUCCGUCCAAUUUGUGCAGAGAUAGUGGGCACAUUUGUAAUGACGUUCUCUAUAUGUGCUGUUAUAGCCGUUGGGAAAAUAUUGCCUGGAGGAAUUGGGUUGAUGGAGUAUGCAGCCACAGGAGCUUUUGCAAUCAUGGUGGUUGUGUUUUCUAUUGGCCAUAUUUCAGGCGCUCAUGUGAAUCCUGCAGUGACUAUAGCUUUUGCAGCAGCUGGCCAAUUCCCUUGGCCAGAGCAGGUGCCUUGUUAUGUGCUUGCACAGUUUACAAGUGCUAUUUUUGCUACCUUUGCUGCAAAAAUGGUUUAUGGUGUGGAAGGAGAGCUGGCCACAACUAAACCUUCUGCAGGCUGUGCAAAAGCGUUUUGGGUGGAGUUCAUUGCUUCGUUCUUCAUCAUGCUCUUGGCAUCUGCAUUGUCAAUCGAUGCUUCAGCUAUUGGACAACUGGCGGGCAUUGCAGUAGGAGCAUCCAUUGCAAUGGGCGUGUUGAUUACAGCGCCUGUAUCAGGAGGAUCGAUGAACCCAGCGAGAUCUUUUGGGCCUGCUGUGGUGUCAAAUGAUUAUGAAGACAUCUGGGUGUAUUUGGCGGCUCCCACAGCUGGAGCAUUGCUAGCUUCCAUUCUUUACAAGUAUAUGCGUAUUCAACACCAGCAAAUUCUGCCCACUUCUUCUCCUUCCCAAAGAAAUUCUCUGAACUGAAAAGAUCAUUGAAGAAACUCUCUAAACUGAAAAGAUUAGUGUGUUAAACAUCUCUUAACUCUUGUUUUCCUUCUAUCUAAAUAAAAAAAAUCCUGGACUCUUUGUUUUCUUUUCAGGCUAAAAACAUUGUUCAACGUUCAUAAUUCAGAGCGGUUCAAUAUGAUACAUAUGAUGACACAGAUUGUUUUGAGAGAGAUCAAUCUACGCCAUAAUGGAGCUACAGGAAUUUUGAAUCGGAAUCAAAAUAAUAUCAUUAUAUAUUUCUACUAAAA